AUGAAGUGUCAUGUACGGAAUUACCUGGCCACUGAGAAUGCAAAGGAGGAAGUGAGGCGAAUUCUGGGGCUGUUGGAUGCUCACUUGAAGACAAGGACUUUUCUGGAGGACAAACGAGUGACAUUGGCUGACAUCACAGUUGUCUGCAUCCUAUUGUGGCUCUAUAAGCAGAUCCUAGAACCUUCUUUCUGCCAGGCCUUUUCCAAUACCAACCGCUGGUUCCUCACCUGCAUUAACCAGCCUCAGCUCUGCACUGUCUUGGGGAAAGCGAAACUAUGUGAGAAGAUGGCCCAGUUUGAUGCUAAGAAGUCUGUAGAGAGCCAGCCUAAAAAGGACACACCACGGAAAGAGAAGGGGUCACAGGAAGAGAAGCAGAAGCUCCAGGCUGAGCGGGAGGAGAAAAAGGUGGCUGCCCCUACUCCUGAGGAGGAGAUGGAUGAAUGUGAGCAGGUGCUGGCCGCUGAGCCCAAGGCAAAGGACCUCUUUGCUCACCUGCCCAAGAGUACCUUUGUGUUGGAUGAAUUGAAGCUCGAGUACUCCAACGAGGACACAUUCUCUGUGGCACUGUCAUAUUUGUGGGAGCACUUUGAUAAGGACGGCUGGUCCCUGUGGUACUCAGAGUAUCACUUCCCUGAAGAACUCACUCAGACCUUCAUGAGCUGCAAUCUCAUCACUGGAAUGUUCCAGUGACUGAACAAGCUGAGUAAGAAUACCAUUGCCAGUGUCAUCCUCUUUGGAACCAACAAUAAGCAGCUCCACUUCUGGAAUCUAGGUCUUCCAAGGCCAGGAGCUUGCCUUUCCACUGAGUCCAGAUUGGCAGCCUG